AAAAUGCAGAUUAGUAGGAUUCUAUUCCAGAAAACACUCUUAGCAAAGACCUGUCUUAAACAAGCCAGACAAUUGCCAAGGACAUCCCUGUGUGCAGUCAACACUGAUAUGAGAUACUUCAGUACGAGCUCAAAGACCGAGUCUGCUGCUAAGAGCGAUAGAUUUAAUCAAAAGGAAGCAGAGAAGGCUGAGGAAAAGCUAAAUGAGGAAGUAAAAGAAGAACAACAAGAACCCACUGAAGAGCAACAAGAGGUUGAUCCUAAAGUAGCCAAACUAGAGAAACAGAUAUCUGAGUUGGAAACCAUGCUUGAGACUAAAGAAAGCCAUAUUGAGGAUACAAAUAAAAAACUUGAGAAGAUUUUUAACAAGUACAGAUAUCAAAUUGCCGAAAAUGAUAAUACUGUUAAGAGAUAUAAGGAAGAAGUUACCAAAGCAAAGAGCUUUGCCAUUACCAAAUUUGCUAAGGACCUCAUCAACGUUAGAGAUGACUUCCAGAGGGCCAUUGAUCACUCUUCCAAGUUCGAUCAUGAGUCUUGUGAGGAUCUUGAGGAUUUGAAAAAUCAAUACAAAAACCUUCUAAGUGGAAUUGAUAUGACCAAGAAUGUCUUUGACAAGACCAUGAAGAGAUUUGAUGUUGAAGAGUAUAAUCCUGUUGGGGAGAAGUUCGAUCCUAAUUUCCAUGAAGCUAUGGCUAUGGUAGAUGAUCCAACUAAGGAUCCUAACACUAUUUGAGAAGUCAUGACCACUGGGUGGAAGAUCGGAGAUAGAGUUUUGAGAGCCUCCCAAGUAUUCUGCGUGAAAAAGAGAUAA